AUGUACGAUGUUCUCAACACACCGGGUAUUCCGAAAUCAAAACGUGGAAUCGUUGACCCCAAUAUCUGUGAGCUCAAACUGGAGGCUCUCUAUGGAGAGCUGGGAGACGUCCUGAAACUUUCUCGUCUAUACCUAGCUAAGAUAGGCUUCCUGAACCAAAUUGAUGAUUUCACCAGGGAAGAGACAUAUCGCCUUCUGUCAAUGCCUAUGAAUGAGCUCCUUCCCCUGGCAGAGCUACACAUUGCCACUCAGCCGAUGACUGUCGGCGGAAGUUUACCGCUAGAUAUCUCUUCCGCAGAUUGCUCAGAUCAAAGCUUCACACAACCGUGGAUAUCAUUUGACAAAGACCCCUUCCACAUCUGGUGUGACGAUUUCCGGCCCGCCAGUAUUCUUCUCAAUGACGCUUUGAAAAUUGUGGGAGUUGUGCACUGGGAGUUUACGUACGCAGCUCCAGUCGGAUUUUCCCACGCACCACCACGAUGGCUUCUGCUUGAGAAGCCUGAAUACUGGCCUCGAGGCCUUGAUUACUGGUGCAAGGAUUAUGGGCGACGUCUUCAGACAUUCCUUACCUCUAUGAUCCAACGUGAAGACGAGGCGGUCAAGCAGGAUUGGCUGAAGAACCACGAAUGGCUCCUUGGUCCAAUGCGAGACAGCAGGGAGAGCGGUGGCUUUUUGGGUCAUAUACGCUGCAAGGAAUACUUCGCAUUUGAUGCGACAUACUGGCAAAAGAUUGAUCAGCGAUUCUUCGAACCGGCUACUUGUGUUGUCGGUGAUAUUUGGAAGCAGAGACUUGAGACUUGGCCUUUUGGAGUCCGAAGAGAAAGAUGA